UUACGGUAUUCAGCUUCCACAUGAUAUUGGUUUUCUAACAUCUGAUCAUUACUAUCAUAAAUUUCAGUCAAAUUCUUGUUCCAAAUUUUUUUGUUAAUCUCAAUUAAAAAAACGCUGGCUUUUUAUAUUGGAGGAAUUAAAUGGCUUCUUAUAACGUUCAUAGUCACUAUCGUAAUUGGAAAAGGCGAAGGUCGACGGAAAACCGGCGCGAAAAUUGCUGCAAAAGGUGAAUAUCCGCACUUCGUUUAUUUCCGCGGAGAAACACAUUGUGCAGGCGUACUGAUAACGGCGGAAGAUGUACUAGCGCCUGCCCAUUGCUUCUAUAUCGGUUCGGAAGUUGUCACGUUAAAGAAAGUUCGGGCGAUCGCGGGCGUGGUGCAGCUCGACGAUAGCACGGGUCAAGAGAUCGGAACAAUGGCCUUCAGACCGCAUUUAAAAUUUACUCACAAAGGUGAAGGCAACGAUUUAGUGAGUGACUACGACAUAGCAAUCAUAACGGUACUGGGCUUUUUUGAAGAAAGCUCCACGGUGAAAAUCGCGGGGUAUGGCGCGUUCACUCCUAAAUCUUUGCAUGAGGCUUUUCUUAAAGUGGUCGAAUCGAAAAAUAAAUGCGUGACGUUGGGUUACGGAACGUUCUCAAAGAAAUAUAUCAAAAGAAUGAUGGCCCUGAAUUUGUUCGUGUUGCCUCAGGAAGGUUGUAAUGUCAUAACAGAGGUGAAAGAGUCCGUCAUCUGCUGCAAACCCGAAAGCUAUGCCGUACAAUUCGGUCAUUCUGGAAGCCCUUUGAUAUGCGAAGGAACGGUCUUCGGUUUAUUUAAAGAUUAUUACAACUACACGCUUGACGGAAAAGAAAUCGUUGCAUACACUUAUACGGCGGUUUGGCCGUUUAUUAAGUACUUCGAAACUCAAUUAGGCAGGAAAAUAACUGCUGGCGCGAUGAAUAUAUUGCCCGUUUUUAUUUGUCAGCUACUUGCAAUAGCCUUCGCUGUAGUUAGGAACUGUACUAACUUGACCUUUCCCAUCAACAGGGUAAUUUGAAAAUCCAACACUGCUCUAUUGUUUCUCUAUCAUAUUCAAGAUUCUUUUGAUUUUAAAAUAAAAAAAUAGGCUCAA